CAGUAAUUUAGGCUCAAUCGAACAGGCAACACACACUUAAAAAUUGAAUGUAAGUUCAAGACUUGAUUUUUGGAAAACAGUGCGAGUCGUUCAAGCGUCAUGGACGAGGAACCCACCAACCCACCCGCUGAUCCGAGCAUGGAUCAAACUGACUAUUCGCGGGGUCGCUUUAUGAGCCAGAGCACCAUGACAUUGUCCCGCGGAAUGGACUCCACGCGACUGCUCUUCAUGGGCGACAACUUCCAGCAGCAGCGCAGUGACCAGGACAUCUUCUUCGACUGCCUUGGCCCGGAAGGACUGCCCGACUCUCCGAAGGAGGGCCGCAGUGCGACCAGUCGGUGCAAGUUUGACGAUCCGACGUCGAUUCGAGAGGCCCUGGAACGGGCGGCCAACACCACCCAGAUGCUGCUCAAGAAUUUUGACAGUUUGGGCGGAUGGAAUCGGCCGUGUGCCGUCACCCUGGAGCUGACAGCUCGAUUGGUGGACCCGAAGAAGAGUCGCAUCGGCUGUCCGCUGCACGGCAAACCCGUCACCGUCCAGAUGCCGCUGGAGUUCAAUCCGCAGAGCGGCAAGAUAGCCAGCUGCCAGCAGAAGCAGAAACAUCCGCCGGCCAGCAGGCACCGCAAGGAGUCCAUCUGCCAGUGCCGAUCCCAGCAGCGGAUGGGACCAGCUCCGAGGGCGCCCAAGCCCAGCUCAGAAUGCCCGGCUCUGAUGUACAUGCAGCAUGAGCGACAUUCCGACAACGACCCCAACUCCCGCCACCAACAGACCGAGCAAUCCUACCUGAAAUCCCACUGGAAGCCGACAAAGUCCCAGUCUGAGCCCUCUGAUUUCGAGGAUCCAUGUGCCAAGCCCUCGCAGACGGAGGCCUCCUUUUUGCGGGAGCACCACACGCCCAAGAACCCGGUAUCGGAGCCGGAAUCGAAGUUGGAACAGGAUGAGGAGGAGGAGCCAUCCUGCUCGUGCAAGGUCAAGCGGUCCCAGUCCGCCGAUCCACCGGCGGUCAAGACCCACGUGUGCCAGUGCCACGAAGAUGCUCUUCCUUGCGGAGUGAGUAACCUGGAGAAGCCCAGCCAGAAAGGGCCCUGCUCAGUGAGGACCUCGGUGACGGAACAAAGUGCCUCGUUCAAGAGUGCUCUAACAAACUGCACCAAGGAGCUUCUCGAUCCCUGCACCUGUGGCUCCAAUCCCCCUUACUGGGCAGGUCAGAGCAAUGUGGUCAGUGCUCCAUCGUAUAGCAGGGAUCCCAUCCAAUCGAAGGUCACCGUAACCUCCUUCAAAAGCGGUCACACCAUCGCUCCGGAUGCCAAACCAGCCAGGAGCAGGCACUCCCGUUCCAAGAGCUUGUCCAGUAUGCCCAGUAAGUCCAAUCCACCGAACCAAAGUGGCGUGACUUGGUUGUCUGCUCUAAAGGAUCCGGAUAGUGAAGCCUAUCCAGUUGAAAAACCUCCCUGUAUCUGCAAUGCCACCCAGACAUCUAAGCCCCCCUCGAUGGUCUCCUAUCCGCGGAGUCAGGGAAACUAUCAGAGCAUGUCAAGUGCCACCAGGUCGGGACAUCCGUGCAAUCAGCCUUCCUUUGGAGCGGAUACUGAGACCUCGGCCACCACACGAUCCCAGUCGAUUGUGGGCCAGAUCACCUGCUUGUGUGCCUCGGAACAGAAGCCUGUCAAGGGCUUCGUGACCAACCUGGCCGACACCCCUUCUCAUCGGAGGAAUCAAGAGGAUCGCGAGUUUGUGGAUUGCACAGAGUGUGCGGCAGAGAGCCUCUUCCAGCCCGGUCCCUCCGCCAGAAUACAACACCCAUCCGGCUUCGCCCAGUUCGAGGAGUACCAGACAUCCCAAUGUGACCCCAGUGCCUCUUUCCGUUCUAGGAAAGUUAGCCUAAAGGACCAUGAGAAGUUCUGUGACUGCGGCAAGUCCUCCGAAUCCGAAUCCGACUCCGAUCCCAUCCAGACCAGUCUCCACACGCACAGAAGUCUCUCCGGCGGCAGUUGCCUGUGCAAUGGCGAUGAACCACCUCCAGAGGAUCUCUCCCAGUCGCCGUGUGUUCACAAAGAGUGCCAAUGCUACGUGAAUGACGAUCUGCCGGAGAUGUUCAGUGCCCAGGAGGGCACUGGUUUUCAGACACCGGAAGAUAUCUGCGGGAAUAAAACAAUGGCCUGCUGCACGCGAAAACAGCGCAUUCUGGAGUUGAUGGAGAAGCUAACCACCCCCAGUUGCGAUUGCGGCGUAUCUCGCCCCUGCAUGAUCCAGCAGCUCUUCCGGGAGCUGACUCUUCUCCUAAGAUCGGAAAAAGAGAGUGCAGUUGCCCCGGAGGAGGAACCCUCUGAACCAUGUCUGCCCUUCGACGAGUGCUGUGCGGCCCAACAUGACCGAAAGGGUGAGGAGGAGCCUGGCGAUAAGCCCAAGUCGAAGAGGGAGCUCCGGCGAGUCGAGUGCUUCCAUCAGCUGGAGGAAUACCUGCGCAAGUGCUUCCUGCCGCCGCCGGAACCGGAGGUCCCAGAGACCGAUAUCUACGCUUUUGAAUUGGAUCCGGAUUUCCCGCCAGAACCCGAACCCGAAAAGUGCAUCAUUCAGCCGUGUAACUUUUCCUCAGAGCAAUUCUUCGACAUUGGAGAUCCACGAACCUGCUCGGGAGAUGGCCUGGACGGCGAUGUAUUCCUCGACUGCGAGGGCGAUGAUGAUGAGAAAAAGAAAUGCGAUUGCAAGGAGGAGUCGGAGCUUUGCAAGCAGCUGAAAGCCUUCUUCGACAAGGAGCUGCAGGAGGCGGACAUCAACACGGAAGGCAAGGAGCCGGAACAAAAGACCCAAAGCAUGUCACUGAAGGAAAUCUGUGAUGGAUCCACGAACACGGUGCCCUGCGGAAAGGAGGACAAAAGCGAGCAGAUUGUGUGUCCAUUUGCGGGCAUGGUGUCCUGCCCUCCGUGGACCAAAGAGGAAAAGGACUGGGCGGCCUAUCCCUACAGUAUUGAUCCCUGUGCGGAACCCGAACCACCGAUCCCGCCGCCUAAGGUUCCUUGUACUGGUCUGCUGCCCGAUGGACCUCUUCCUCCCGAGCUGAAAAGCCUCUGCGAGCAGCUCCUCCAGCAGGCGCUCAAAGACUGCGGUCUAUGUCCUGGCGGCGAUGACACGGCUGUACACUCCUGCGAGGACAUAGCCGAGCCCUGCGACGUCUGCCCAGCAGAAUGCGAGGAAGGCGAGGAGGAGUGUCCGGAGGAGUGUCCGGAGGAGUGCCAGGAGGAGUGCGAGGAGCAGCCCGAGCAAGGAUGCCUCUGCUGCCACUGCCGCGCCCUCAUCUGCGACGACGAGUGCAAGACGGUUUCCAAGACCCUGCGCUCGGCCAUGUGCGAUCCACUAUGCGAAAUGAAAUAUUUUAUAGACUCGAUGAUCAUUGAUCUGCAUGCCAUGGACUGUGUGCUGGGCAACAAAAAGGCAAAGCCCAAGGACAUUAAGGCUAAUGAUGCAACAAACAGGGCAGGGCCGGGCGAUAGUUUCCCGGUUACAAUUAAGAGUGUGAGCCCGCUGGGUUGCACUGCUCUCUACGUCAGAUGGGAACUGGCGGACUGUCGUGCUAUCGCAGGAUACGAGAUUUACGUGGAUGGGCAUUUGACAAACAGAUUCUACAGUUUUCGGCACGAGGCCGGAGUGAUAACCAAUGUGGAGGUGACCAAUCCCCACCAGAUUGUGCUGCGUGCCCAGGCGGUGGGCCAGGAGUUUCCCGGCGAGGGAAUGGGAAAGCCCCAGGAUUGCGGCUGCCGGACAGUGGCCGUUGCCCAUCCGGAAAUGGCGGCCGGAGCUGAGAGGCCGUGGUCGCCCAGUGUCUACUACUAUGAUCCCAACCAAUUCAGAGGGACGCCGACGGAGGGCGUGCCAGAGUGCUAGUCAAGAAUCAUAUAUAUAUAUAUCGAAUAUCGUCGUAUAUCACCGUUAUCGGAACAAAGGAGCUAGCCGCUCCCCACAUUUUAGCUUGUACAUAUAGCUUACUUAUAUGUAGUGUUUGUUAAGAGUUGUUUUUUCUGGAGAAUGCGAAUUGAAAUUAUCCGUACGUAGUGCUUUGCACAGUGCCUUAAAUCGUAAUACUAGCUUGUAAGCGGAGAUUAAUGCAUUGUAAAGGAAUUGAAAGCAGAUUAAUCCAUUCAGAUGGCACGUGUUAGUUGAAAAAAACCAAAAUCACUUUUAAUAAAUGAAUCUCAUUGUUAGAGAUACCACAAAA